UAUAUAAAUGUAACGGAAAAAUAAAGAUGUAAACAGUUAAAUUUUGAUCCGUGAUAAAUAAACAGGUUUAAAAUGACACAAACUGAGGUCCUCGAAGCGCCCAGUGCAAAGGUUGUAAACUUUGACCAUCUUACAUUUUGGGUAGCGAAUGCUAAAACGGCAUCUAGUUAUUUUGUCACAAGAUUUGGUUUUAGACCUUUAGCUGUUCGUGAACCAACGGAGAAGAACCCGAUUAGCUCUUAUGUUGUAAGACUAAAUAAGAUAACAAUAGUCUUCGAAUCGCCUACAAAUUCUGAUGGUGAUAUUUCUAAAGACCUUGCCGCUCACGGGGAUUUUGUAAAAGACGUAGCAUUUGAAGUUAAUUCCUUGGAUGUGUUAAUUAAAACAGCAAAGGCACAAGGUGCUGAAGUUGUUAAAGAUAUUACCGAGGAAAAAGAUGGAGAUGGUAUUGUGAGAUAUGCUGUUCUCAAAACCUAUGGUGACAAUACGCACUCAUUAGUAGAUAGAUCAAAAUAUAAAGGAGAAUUUCUUCCUGGAUUUGUUUUAACAAAGGAUGAUGAUCCUUUAAACAAAUUGUUGCCAGGGACAAAUCUUUCGUUUAUUGAUCACGUCGAAGGCAACAUGGCAGAUGGUACACUAGAAGAUUCUGUUACUUGGUAUGAGAAACAUCUUAAUAUGCACAGAUUCUGGUGCGUAGAUUACACUCACGAUCUCGUUCCGUAUUCUUGCAUAAAUUCCGCAUCAGUUAUUAACCAGGGAGAAACUGUCCUAUUGUCAAUGAACGAAGCAGCAAAGGGCCUGCGACCGACAAGCAAAGCCAGUGAAUUUGUUAAGGCUUUAGGCACCUCUGGAGUAGAGCAUGUGGCUCUUUACACUGAUGAUAUCGUCACUACUAUGCGCAACCUCCGGUCCCGUGGCGCUGAAAUAGUAACAUGGCCGUCCACAUACUAUGAAAACAUUAAGGAAAAGCUUGAAGUAACUUCCCUAAAAGUAAAAGAAACUAUCGAUGAGUUGAAGGAAGAAAAUAUUUUGAUAGAUUUUGAUGAAAGAGGAUAUAUGUUACAAGCUUUCACAAAGCACGUGCAAGUAAGGCCUACGCUUUUCCUGGAAAUAAUACAAAGGAAUAAUCAUAGGGGCUUUGGAGCUAUGAAUUAUAAAUGGGUUUUCGAAGCGAUAGAGCAACUUGGCGAAAAAAAUGAUACGGCGAAGACGGAAAAUGCUUAAUUACAGUACAUUGUUCAUUAAUUAUCACAUUUCCUUUGACUUUUUAAUUAAAUAAAAUUAUGAAUUAAAUGUUUUGUAACAUAUUAUUGUUAUAAAUAUUUAUUAUCAGUCUAUUAUUUUUAAUAUUUAUGGU